CGCACUUCGGCCCGUUGGUUUCUAGGAAAGAUAUAUACCACCUGAAAUUUCGGCGAAAUAUUUCAUGUAUUUGAGAAACAAGGCGUUCAAAAGAUAGCGCCCUGAUUCUCUAAACAUGGGCAGAUACUCUGGGAAAACAUGCCGGCUCCUGUCAAUGCUGGCCUUGACAGGGUCGUUUUUCGUCGUUGAGAUUACCGUUGGAUACAUCUCCAACUCGAUCGCCCUGGUAGCGGAUUCGUUUCACAUGUUAUCGGACGUGGUGGCGCUGAUAGUCGGGUUCGCAUCAGUUCGAGUGUCAAAAUGGAAGACAAAAAAGAAUACUUUCGGGUGGCAGCGUGCGGAAGUUCUUGGUGCUCUUGUGAAUACAGUUUUUCUCAUAGCGUUAUGCUUCACAAUCGUCGUCGAAUCUCUUCAGCGGUUUAUAGAAAUCGAACCGAUUGAGCAGCCUGUCUUACUCUUAAUUGUUGGCGUCGUAGGAUUACUCAUUAAUUUAGUUGGAUUAGCAUUGUUUCACCAGCAUGGUCAUGGUCAUUCCCAUGGAGGCCAUGCCCAUGGCAGUGGCGAGGAGGACACCAUUGACUUUGACGAGAAUCAGGAAGAGGUGUUGUUACAGGGCACCAAUUCUGUUAACAUUGAUACUGAAAAGGGGGCAGCAAUCUCCAGAAACGGUGAAGCCACAGCAAUCGCCAUCGAUUCUUCGGGAGACAAAAAUUCCAACGGCCACGGUCAUGGCCAUAGUCAUGACAAACCUAAAAAGACCAAGUCUAGUGCCCAUUUAAACAUGAAGGGCGUGUUCCUACACGUUCUCGGAGACGCGCUGGGAUCGGUCGUUGUGAUCAUCAGCGCUGUUGUCAUCUGGCAGGUGAAUGGAGAUUGGAAGUUUUAUGUCGAUCCAGCCCUAAGUAUGUUAAUGGUAAUCAUCAUGCUAGGUUCAGCCAUUCCAUUGUUGAAAGAGACCAGUUUGAUUUUACUACAAACAGUGCCUACUCAUAUUCAAGUAAAAAGCCUUCAGGAUAAACUGAUAACAAAGGUUGACGGUGUCCUGGCAAUACAUGAAUUCCACAUCUGGCGUCUGACCGGUGACCGUAUCAUAGCCUCAGCGCACAUCAAGUGUCGAAACUUACACGAGUACGUGCGCAUUGCUGAAGAAGUGAAGGAAUUCUUUCACGAUGAAGGCAUUCAUUCCACAACUAUACAGCCAGAAUUUGAAGAUCUGGACGAUAAGGACGGGCGAGCGUGCGUUCUUGAAUGUGGUCCAGACAAAACGUGCCACCCGAACACGUGCUGUGGAGAAAAACGAGUGAUAGCGCGCAUUCGGGACAAGGAGCGGUCGCCGUCACACUUGAACACAAUAGAAAAUCGUCACAGUGCAGUUUCAGGACAAUCUAAUACGGGUACCUCACCAGAACAGCGCAUCAGUGUAAUAUCAAAUCCAGGUGCGGAGGCGGCGGUCAGAGACGACCGGGAAACAUGCGUGUGAUGACUGUGAUGAAUUUUUAUAUUGUUUUCACUGCUGGAUAUUACUUUGGGAGACGGCCGCAGUUGGGUGGAAUGAUGCGCAUGUGGAAUGGCUGACGGCGUGACGAAAUGUUUGCAUAAUUGGGAUGUACGUGGCAUUGUCUGUUUUGUUGGUGCGGGUGUGGCACAAAAACGUAUCUCUGCACCUCACUGGCAGUUUGUGGAUGCAAGAACUGAUAGAGUAAACGUUGGAUCUGGAUUCUAUCUGCCCAUCGAUGAUAUGUCCACGAGAAAUAAAUCGACCUGCAUUCAAUAUCACACCACACAGAGACAUUUGGUGAGACUGGCUUAGAAUUAUGCUGUCAAUGACGACAUUUACAAUUUGACAAAUGGGGUUGAUCAAAACUUUAACCUUGUGCCAAUCCUGUAUCGGUGUCGUCUAACUCUGGUGUGUAACUGGACUUGACCGUAUGACUGGUGCACAAUGGAGCCAAUAGAUUCCCUGUGUGUUGUGAUAAUGUUUGACACAAUUUUGCAUGUGACAACUUUACUUUUCAAUGAAAUCAUUUUCAUUAUGAUUCUAUGUUCAUUCUCAAAAGGUCAGCUUAAUAUUACGCAGAAGACCUUGAGCACAAAUGUAUUGUUACAGAUGCAUGCAGUAUAACUUGGUGAAGUUUCGAGCUCAGGUAAUAGUGUCUAAAGAUAAAAUUUCUUUAUAAUUUGCUACGAUUGAGUGAGUGGGGCGGAUGCUGUGACCUCACAGUUGCUGUGUAACUCGGUAAAGUUUUGAGCUUGGGUUGUAGUGUUGAAAGAUACUAUUUCUUUAGCAUAUGCUACAUUUGAGGGCGGGGAGGGGUUGAUGCUGCAUGCAACACAAAUUAUAUUCUUUUGUUUUGCAAAUCUUACUCGAGUGGUCAUAAGUAAAGUAACUGAGUUACUGGGCAUUUCGUUGUUGUUGAUAGCCUUGGGAGGGGGGUUAUUUGCAAUUUAAAGACAACUGGAAUGUCUACUCUCGUUACUGUUCUACGGAGGCAGUUAACCCUGAUGAACACUUUUUUGUCCGUUAGGUGCUUGGGGUAACACUGAAGUCGUUUUUGUCUGUGAGGUGAUUGGGGUAAAGUGAGCCCCAGGGUAAUUUGAGCCCCUGUCUAAGUCUUUGUGUCCUACCCCCUCUAUUACAUAGCUAUUAGAAUAGUAUGUUCUAAUUUUAAGUUUAUUAUGUAAUAGCCGCGAUUCAAAAAAGUUAGACCUGGACUCAAAUUUCCUGGGGCUACCUUUACCCCCAAACCAUCUUAUAUCGUUUAGUUUUUUGUCAAUCAACAAUGUGUGUCUUAUCGCACAGUCAGGUCAGUAUGUUUCUAUAGUAAUAGUAUGUUUUUAAUGUGUAAUAGUCUUUUUCUUGAAAGUGUCGUGUAAACUUUGUACCAGAUUCACUCGAGAGCCUCAGCAGAUGUCCACUGUCUGUUCAGAGUCGAGGGAUGUUUCUGGCUUUUAUAUUUCUGACGAUGUGAUGACUAUCGAGAUUAUCAUAGCCGAAGCUUGACUUGUCAGAGUGCCACCUGGUGGUGACUCUUGACACCUGUUUUUAUCGCUGUUGGUCUUGUCUCGUUUUUGUUUUGUUGAAAGGUGUUUGUGGUUAGUUUACCUCAAGGUUGGCUAGAAUCACGUCUGCAGUGAACAGUGUCAUGAUAUACAUUCAAGAAUUGUCCUGAAAUUUUCUUACAUGUAGUUUUGUGAUUCAGGCAAGUUUGAGGGAAAUGAAACUUUUGUUGUGAAGUUUUUCGGAGGCUGGUUUCCUCUUAUCGUGAAUGCGGCAUUUCAUGUAAAGCUGGGACCAAGGUUUGUGGUCUACUUACGAAUCAGGUCGUGAACGAGAUAGCUGUGACCUUGAAAACUGUACAGUAAUUCAUGAUUCUAGAACACAAUUUUCUUUCUUGUCAGGUAAUUUUCUUUCUUUUCUCAGUUAAAACUUAAACAUGGUACAGCCAAAUUUGUUUACUAUCUUAUACCGUACAUUUGCAAAUUGAUGUUUGAGAGGUCGCUGGCUGAGACACGAUUGCAGAAUCCCUGACAAUUCCCAAAAAAGGAUGUCACUGUCGAAAGCCUAACCAAACUCCUCCUUGAAGCAGUUGUCAGGGAUUCUGCAAUCGGGCCCCGACUUGAAUUUAACAGCCAGAUUUUGAACAAAGAUAUGUAUGGAGAUAAAGUGUUUUCUAAUUUGUUUCUGCCAGAUAAAUCAUCUGAAAUACUGACGGCUGAGCACAUUUUGAUAAAUUUUAAGUUCAGAAACUCAAUAUUUCUAAUCUUGACUUUUAUUACUGUAUGUGAUCACAGAUUUUUUUAUUUGGAGGUCGAGGGAUCCAGUAUUUACUUAACAGAACGCGAAAAUAGUGCUGAAAAAACAGCCAUUGAAAUGACCAAACUUAAACAAGCCGUUGUCAGUAGUUGUUGUCCCUUGGACCUGUGACUGUAAAUAGAAAAAUUUUAUAUUUAUAUUUUGUACAAAAUUAACUGCUGUAUUACUUAAGUAAAGGGCAAGUUGUAAAAAAUUCGUAACUUAUGGAUUUUUUGCCAAAACUAAAAAAAAUAUACUUGUACUCUUAGUCCGAAUUCUUACUAUCUGUCACGACAUUUUUACUCUGGUAUGAAAUUCUGACUCUCUGGUAAGAAAUUCUUACUCUGGUAUGAAAUUCUGACUCUCUGGUAAGAAAUUCUGACUCUCUGGUAAGAAAUUCUUACUCUGGUAUGAAAUUCUGACUCUGGUAAGAAAUUCUUACUCUCUGGCAAGUUGUUGGAUGUUACAUUGUAUGUUGAGUUUUUGUAUGCCAUUCUUUGCAUUCAAUUUUGUAUCAUGUGACCAAAGAUAUGCCUGCCUCCAGCAGUAUGUGUGACCGGCUCUGGCUGAAGGAUCUGGGAGAGUUGGUCCUCCAGGGUGAAAUGUCUUAACCUUGCACCAUGACGUAGUUGACUCCAGGUGGUGCCCUCAAUGUGGCAGGGCCAUGCAGGGAAUUACCCUUGUCAACUCCUCUUUAGCUUGGCGCUAAUCACAGUGAAAAUUUUUUUUGUGCAACCAGCCCCAGUUGGUUACAUUGUGUCCUUGGUUGUGCAAUAGAUUUUGCAUUUGACUAUCAGUUGGGGACCAAGUUCAGUUCAAUUUAUGCCUGAUUUUAACAUAAAAUACUAGGUGCUUUCCAUUGGCAUGUACCUACUGAAUCUUAAGAUGUAGGAGUACCAUAAAAACAAUGCGUUCACAACUUGCUCCAUGCUCGCUGCAGUCCUCUGCCAUAAAAUAUGAUGAAGCCUCUAAAUGUUAAAGCGAACUGGAACCGCCAAGCCAGUUCGUAUGACCUCGUUUUCAUUUCCCGCGUAUCGGGUGAUCAGAACGAGGCAUGAAUGAAACAUGGCGCCUAGCUGUCAAUCAUUCAGUGACGUCACUACUAUGGAAUUUACUACGAAAAUUCAUGAAUGAAAGAUCGCAUGACUCACGUGAUUCUCACAUGAUUCUCAAUAAUAACAAAUUGAACUGCGCAUGCUCGGGCACUGGGGGCGGAGCUACAAAUCUGAACUCGAAUAGGAAGUUGGAAGUUUGACUUUCUCGGGCGGUGAAAGUCGAAAAGUUGAAUAAAUCGCUCGGCGGUUCCAGUUCGCUUUAAGUAGACAAAGUUUUGAUGAUAGAACAGAUGGCCCCUCCCACCAGAUGAGAAUUCUUUGCGGUUUUGGCAUCGACCGGUUUUGAGAUGCUCCCUACGAAUUCGAUAACCUCUUUAUUUUUCAACCAAUCAGAAAUUUCCCACCUAUGCGCAUAUUGAUGAUGUUCACACAUUAUCCAAUAUCGCUUUCCAUCCCAUAAUUUGUGAACAUAAACAAAUGUCCCUUUGACUCUUGGUCCAUAAACGAUGAUAUGACAAUAGUUCUAUGCUUGCUCGAGCUUUCCAAUGGACAUAUCUUGCCAUGAUCAAUCAAUGGUAUUCUAAUGUAAUGUGUUUUAUUAGUGAAUGGUAAUAAUAAAUGUAACCUCUUGUAUAGAAAA